UUAUUGGGAUUCUAUCUGCGUGGCAUGUCGUGUCGUUUCCAUAGUGGCAUGUCCCCCCCGCAACAUAAAAUCACCUGACAACGACGUCGCCACGAAACACGGCCUUGGUUACGCGAGUCCGCUGCCUGCACGCUAUAAAAGGUGCGGGAAACACUGGCUGUUUCAGGAGGAUACGUGGAUCAGAGAUACCGCCAUGGCCACCAAGAGGAGUGCACUCAUUGUCUACGCCCACCAGAGCCCUAACUCCUUCAAUGCAGCAGCCCGAGAUGUGGCUGUUGAUGUGCUGCAGGGACAGGGGUGCCAAGUGACUGUGUCAGACCUAUAUGCCAUGGGCUUCAAACCCGCUGCCACGGCUCAGGACAUCAUUGGUGAGCUACAGAACCCAGAUCACUUCAGGUACAAUGAAGAGGCCAUGGUCGCAUGGCAGGAGGGCCGCCUGAGUGAGGACAUUUCUGCAGAGCAGCGCAAAGUGGAAGAGGCCAACCUCAUCAUCUUCCAGUUUCCCAUGUACUGGUUCAGCAUGCCAGCAAUUCUCAAAGGCUGGGUAGAUCGCGUCCUCACCCAGGGCUUCGCCUUCACUCUGCCGAAGAUGUACAACAAUGGGGCCUUCAAGGACAAGAAAGCAAUUCUGUCAUUUACAACUGGAGCAUCAGAGCCAAUGUUCCUCCCUGAUGGAAUCAAUGGAGAUAUGAACGUCACACUGUGGCCCAUCCAGUAUGGAGUGCUGAACUUCUGUGGCUUUCAGGUGUUGCCCCCUCAGAUUUUCUGGGCCCCUGCCCGCAGUCCCCCCAGUGUGAGGGAAGCAAUGCUGGAGGUGUGGCGAACCCGACUUGGUGCUCUGUGGGAGGAGACCCCUCUCAGCUUCAUCAAAACGGAUCUUUUUGAUUUGAGUUUACAAACAGGUUUUCGCCUCCGCCCCGAAGUGAAGGAGGAGCUCCAGGCUGACGCCUAUGGCAUCACAACAGGACACCACCUGGGAAAGCCUCUGCCCCCCAACAACCAGAUGAGGCCACCACCCCCAGCAAUCUAGCUCAGCACUGAGGCACACCACUUCUAAAAACUCUGCUGCCUCUGUUUCAGUUAGUUUAAUUCAUCACCAGCUAAUCUAUGAAUGCAAAACAUUUUAAACUGUGUGUUAUAAAUGACUGCUUUAUCACAGUUUGUGUCCACAAUGUUUUUACUCAUUCAUGUCCCUAUUAAUCAUCAAAACUUAUUUACCAACAUUGUGAUUAGGCAAAGUGCUAUUUUUUUAUUGUAGUACAUCCAUUACUAAUGCUAACUUGCAUGUAUUUAUCAGCACAGCACAGGAAUGCGGUGACAAUAAAGGGAAGCACCAGAAUAAGGACCACAGCAACAUUGUGCUCCAGAAUCCAUCACCAGCAGCACCGUUACUAGCUGCUCACAUUUAGAGCUGAUAUUAGUCAUUAAAAUAACCUGUUACUAUUGAAAAUAUCCUCCAUAUUGAGUACAAUCCCGUGACUGAAGCAGGUGCUCAAAUAACGUUCUCAUUCAGCAUCACUCAUGCAGCCCAGUUUGCAGUGACUUCAUUUAUUCCCUCUUCACAAAGCACAAGUAAUGCAAAUGUCCACCAACAGUAUGAACUAUCCUUUUAUUCAACAGCUGAAUAAAGAACUUUUUUUGUAUGGAAA